AUGGCUCUUUCCAAAAGAAAUGUGCCUCCCGAGGGACGGGAACCCUAUAUAAUCAGCCAACUCGAAGGCGAGCGCAUCACUAUACCCGGUAGUAAAGGCGUCUUUCGGAUCCUCGCCUCUGCCAAACAGACCGGAGGCACAAUGGCUGUCUUCCAGAGUGCUGCUGUGCUUUCAGACGCCCCCGGAUUCCAUUAUCACAACGAGGCACAUGACGUAUUCCUAGUCACUAAAGGCUUUUUGAAGCUCUGGAAUGGAGACAAGUGUCGAAUUCUGGGGCCUGGUGAUUUUGCUUAUGUUCCUCCGCAUGUGGUUCAUAACCCGGAAAUGCUAGGGCCGCAUACAGAGACUUACGGUCUCGUUACCCCUGGAGACUGGGUCGAUUUCUUCCGUCACAUUUCAGAGCCCUUUGAAGGGCUCAUCCUACCGGAGAAUGACAAUCGAGACCUCAAGGCACUGUUAAUACCCAAGGUCAUGGCAGCCAAGGGCAAAUUCGACGUUGUAUUCCAGCCAGACUACAAACCACCAGCGCUGGGCGAGUGGGAUGAGGACGAUCAAAAGCUUCCAGAAUCCAACACGCCCGCUCCGUUUUUUCUACGCGCCAAUACCGGUCCCCGAUGGAUUAUGGGAGGCGUAAUGUCCAGACCAUUUAUCACGACCGCGCAAUGCAAUUCUGUCUGCGCUAUUUCCAGUAUUGAAUCAUCAAACGCCUACCCGGACUCCAUCCUAUCCAAGAAAAUGACUUUCCGAGACGUAGACCACUGUCUCGCGGUCAUUGAAGGCGCUCUUGUUGUCCGCAUUCCGGGCUCUCCAGACAGCGUCAUUCGUGAAGGAGAAACAGCACUUUUACCUGCUGGUCAGGCUUUCUCUUUGGGGUUUGAUAGCAAGUAUGUCAGGGUCUGGUCUUUUACAAGUGGGAACGGGAUUGAAUCACUGGUGCACAAGCUUGGCACGCCAUUCAAGGACUUUGUGUUGCCUGACGAGGCUUUGCCAUUUGAAUGGAAUCAGCAACAGCUUGCUGCUGUUGGCGAAGAGCUGGGUGUUGUGAUUGAGAAAUACACAAUGGUUCAAAUCGAGCCUUUUGCGGUGGAGCAGUGGAUGGACGAGUACGAGACCAAGACGACGUACAACAUCGCCGAGACCUGCUGCGCACCCAUCUCGAUUGAAGAUCUCCAGAACCUGUCGGCCGAAAAAUCCAUCAACCCCAUCCCUCUCUCGACAAAGCUCACGUACGGCGCCAUUAGAGGGUCGGACGAGAUCCUGGGCCACCUGUCGCGUCUGUACUCGGUCAAGACGCCGGAACCGCUGCCCAAGGAUAAUAUCCUGAUUACGUCUGGAGCGAUACAGGCCAACUUUCUGCUGCAUUAUACCCUGGUUGGGCCAGGGGACCAUGUGAUUGUUCACUAUCCGACCUACCAGCAGCUCUACUCGGUCUCGGAAUCCAUCGGAGCAGAGGUUAGUCUCUGGAAGGCCAAAGAGGAUGACAAGUGGACGCUCGAUACGAAGGAGUUGGAGAGUCUGAUUCGUCCGAAUACCAAGUUGAUUGUGUUAAACAACCCUCAAAACCCGACGGGUGCCACUAUUCCGCGCGCGACGCUGCAAGAGAUAAUCGACAUUGCGAGUCGCCAGUCAAUCAUAAUCCACGCAGAUGAAGUCUAUCGUCCUCUAUUCCACUCAAUCGCACCCACCGACCCGGAAUUCCCGCCAUCCUUGCUUUCGCUCGGCUACGAAAACGCCGUGGUGACGAGCUCCAUGUCCAAAGCCUACAGCCUCGCGGGAAUCCGGGUUGGCUGGAUUGCCUCGCGGAACAAGGAGAUUAUUGACAAGUGCAUGGUUGGGAGAGACUACACCACGAUAUCCGUCAGCCAGCUCGACGACGCCGUUGCCUCGUUCGCGCUGGCGCCGCACACGAUCCACGGGCUACUUUCUCGCAACAUCCAGCUGGCCAAGACGAAUUUAGAGCUGGUGGAAAAGUUUAUCGAGUCGCAUCGAUGGGCGUGCGACUGGGUGAAGCCGCGCGCCGGCACGACGGCGUUUGUCAAGUUCUCCAAGAUGGGAAGGCCGGUUGACGACGUAGCCCUGUGCGAGAUGCUCAAUGACAAGGCCGGCGUCCUAGUGGUUCCUGGGAGUAAGUGCUUUGGUCGCGACGGCGAUUUUCGAGGCUACGUGCGCAUUGGGUAUGUCUGCGAGACCGAGGUUCUCGAGAAGGCGCUGGCGAAGCUGCGCGAGUUUAUGCAGGAGGAAUACGUUGAUGAUGUACCAUUAGCCAAGAAAGCUGCGAAGUAG